UGUAAUGCUUCCAUUUUUGCAGCUCCAGAAGAUGUUCCGGUUGCUUGUGACAGUGAUCCAAAUCGAUUGGAAUUAGUUCGACUUUACAAUGAGAUGUGCAAGGUAGUUGAGGAAAACCCCACCGAUUUAGUACAAGCGUCAUUGGCAAGAGAAUCGGCAGAGGUCAACACAGUGAAGAAGUUCCCACCACUAGAAACCAUCUGUGAAGAUAUGAACAGAAUUCUAACACCCACAGUUGAACAGCCUAUUUCAGAAACUCCAAUAUUAAAUUCAGAUAACAAAUCUGAGGCAAUAUCACAUGGCGACGAGACUAAAGAUAUGGUAAUAGACUCUGAUCCUGUAAAAGAAAGUGGUUCAAGUCUCGCAAUUGAGAAGGAAACUCCUAGUCUUGCUGAGAAAAAGGAAAGUAAUACAGAGAUGGAUGAAAGUAGCAAUGCUGAGUUGAAUGAGAACACACCGAAUUCUGAUGCUGGAGUCGCUGUAUUGGAUGCAUAAAACGCAAUACCUUGUUGACAGAUAUUUGUUGUACCAUGUAUGAUGUAGCAUGUUGAUCUCACUCGACAUUUUUUAAAUCGUCAAAGGUGAAGUAGAUUAAAGCAUAUGCGGUAUAUCUUAAUUCCCUUGCAACCAAGUACAUGGGAAAUUAUUAGAUUUUACUAAUUAUUAUUACUACGAGGUCUUUGUUUUUAACUGAAGUGCGAUCAAUUGUAUACUUUACUACAUUGUAGCAAUCUAGCCUUGAUUUCUAGUUUACUAUUCGAGUGUAAGCAUAUAAUUUAUGGAAUUUUAAAAUUUUAAGGCAUGCUUCGUCUAAUUAUUUUCA